GAGAGAGAGAAGAGAAAGGAGUGAAGCAGCAAAGAAAAAAGACGAGAUCCCUGUGACACCAGGGUCAGAGCAGAAGAACGAGAGAGCGAGAGAAAGAGAGAGAGGAUAAAUCACAGAGGACGAGACACUGCUGGAGUGUGUGUGUGAGAGAAUGUGCGAGUGUGUGUGACAGGGAGAGAGAGGGAGAGAGUGAGAGAGGGAGAGACGUCCAGGAUCCAAACAUCAUCUACAAGGAACCAGUUAGACCUUCAUAGAUGCCAUGAAGAAGAGCAGCAGCUGAACACCAUGGCCCAGGCUAAAGGGCGGAGAGAUGGCAUGGUGUCGUCCAAUGAGAACAGGCGUCGACCGCUGUCAUCAGGUGAGGUGGAGGGCGUGGCCUGGCAGGGGCCGCGAACCAUUUUCCUCCAGAAGAACUCGCAGGGAUUCGGCUUCACUCUGCGUCACUUUAUCGUUUACCCGCCAGAGUCCUCGCUCCACAGCAUCAAGGAUGAAGAGAAUGGAAACACCACUGGAUCAGCAGGUCGGCGGCAAUCUCGCUUGGAGCCAAUGGACACCAUCUUUGUGAAGAGUGUCAAAGAAGAUGGACCUGCCCAACAAGCUGGACUGUGUACAGGUGACAGGCUGGUUAAAGUAAACGGGGAAAGCAUUCUUGGGAAAACCUAUUCUCAGGUGAUCACACUUAUCCAGAACAGUGAAAACAUUCUGGAACUCUCUAUUAUGCCAAAAGAUGAGGAUGUGUUGCAGUUGGUAAGUGCAUUUUCCCAGGAUGCCUACCUAAAAGGUAAUAAGCCAUAUUCAGGCGAAGCCCAGAACCUGCCUGAGCCUCCAUCUGCCGGUUACCCCUCCGCUCCUCCAAGCAUCAAAGCCUCCAAGCAUGGUCACAACCACCACAUUCUCCCAGACAACUGGCAGUGUCGAUCCACCCCCACCAUCUCACCACUGGACAACCACCCACCUGCUGCUUCUACCCCCAUCUCCGGCUGGUCCGGGGGUCCGGAGAAUUCAAGUGGUCACUUUGCCCAGUCAGGACGGCACCGUGGAGUCUGCUCUUCAGCUAUCAGUGCACUGGACUUUCACUUUGCUAACCACAAUGCUGCCAUUGCCUCCGCAACACUGCCUGCACCAAGGAAAAGCCGCCUGCCAGCCUCUGCCCGUGCCCAUGCCGACGCCCUCUGCCACCAGGCUCUGUCAGAGUGGUACUACAGCCAGGCUGAGGCUGCAGAGCACAUGUCCCCCAGACACCGCAGUAUAUCUCAGGAUCGUUUAGUGGAGUUGGGGUUGGGGUUGGCACUUGGUCCAGGCCCUACGUCUGUUCCCACAACAUCCUCAGAGCAACGUAGAAGAGAAACCUUACUGCACCACCACCAGGCAGCUGCUGCAUCCCAUGAUUCCUUUUGGCAGGGUAGCUGGAACGGUGUGUCCGGACCAGGAAGCAGGUCCUGCUCAGAGAGCCUGCUAGCAGCUUAUGCCGACUAUGAACACAACUAUGAGCGUUCUGUUGAAACGCUGGCACAAGCCUCUGCACUGAUCCUACCACGUUACGAACACAUCACACACAGUUCCACUACAACAAAGUUCAGCAAACAGACAGACAAUAAAGCCUCAGAGGGAUAUCAGCACCAAACCACAGUGACUCCUCCCAUCAAAACCUCCUCCUCAAUGCCUCCAAUUGGUAGGCAGCCAGGUCAGCAGAUAGCUGAACCCCAAACAAGGAGAGUAAAAGCAGAGGAACUGGUUGGCUACAAAAGCUACAGUCCUUCUUUCUCCCGCAAAACUGGUCAUCUCUUACAGCAGGCCCACUCCUUCAGAGAGCCCGGCUACAGUGGCCCCCACUUAACCUGGAACUCUGGCCGCAGAAGCAGUCCUGCAGACAGCAAGGAGCAGGUGGUACCAAGGCCCCAGUCCACGCCAACCAUGUCUGGAUCAGAAGAGGAGCAAGUUCAGCUGGGGGACGACAGGGAGGUCAUCGCUCCCAUCUCUGUGAAUCAAGAGGUAGUCCUUAGGCAGAAGCCUCCUGCAAGCCGCCGGGCUCCUGUUCAGGCUCUUCGUCAUUCUUACUACACAUCACAUGUGGACUCACCAGAGCCUCCUGGAUUGACACCUUCAUCAGGCACUCCCUCUCCUGUGUCUAUGGGGCCCAGCCCAAAACACAGGGCCAAUGGGAGCCUGGCACAGCACGCAUUUGACUCUUUGUCCUCCAUUCCCUUCAUAGAUGAACCCACCAGUCCUAGUAUCGACCUAGAGGCCUGCUAUGUUCCAGCCUGCUCUGUGGUGUCCGGUUCACAGGCCUUCACUGUGGCCACCCUCACUUCCACCUCUGUCUCCCCCACCCUCUCCUUCAUCUCCUCCUUUGUCCAACUUCACUGUCAGGACUGCAGAAGUAUAAAAGGACGCCGCUCCUCUUACCUUCUAGCUAUCACCACUGAAAGAUCCAAGUCCUGUGAUGAAGGGCUCAACAACUUUAGGGAAGAAGGUCGAGUCUUCUCCAAACUACCAAAAAGGGUCAAGAGCUUUUUCACCGAUGGGUCUCUGGAGAGUCUUCGAGCUCAGGAGGAGGCCCGGUCCAAGCGCCACUCCACCUCUGAACUGGGAACCAUCACCUUCAGUGAUGUGCGCAAGGAGGGCUGGUUACACUACAAGCAGAUCCUCACAGAGAAGGGAAAGAAAGUUGGCAGUGGCAUGCGCCCUUGGAAACGCGUCUUCUCUGUGCUGCGUUCCAAUUUGCUCUUCCUCUACAAGGACAAGCGGGAGGCGGUACUUCAUGGGGCAGGGGCGGGGCCCAGCCAGGACGAGCACCCCCCAGUGAGCAUUCGCGGCUGCCUGAUCGAUAUAGCCUACAGCGAAACCAAGCGUAAGAACACCUUGAGGCUCACAACGCAGGACUUCUGCGAGUACCUGCUGCAGGCCGAGGACCGGGACGACAUGCUGGCCUGGAUUAGGGUCAUCAGAGAAAACAGCAAGACUGAUAACGAGGAGAUUGGUUUCUCAAGACAAGCUCUGAUCAACAAGAAGCUUAACGAUUACAGAAAACACAGUCUGACAGGUGGCAAACCAGAUACCUCUCCCAAAAUCCAUCGCAUUAAGCCCCCCUUCCUCCUGGCCAAGACUGACAACACCUUGGUGUGCCGCUCUUCCAGAACAGAUGACAACAAGGCACUGUGGGGCAUCAACAUCAUGAAAAAAGCCAAGAAGACAGCCAGUCCAAAGGCCUUUGGCGUGCGACUGGAGGAUUGUCAGCCAGCUGUCAACCAUAAAUUUGUCCCACUGACAGUGGAGAUGUGCUGCACCAUGGUGGAGGCGACUGGCCUGGACUACACAGGCAUUUACCGGGUCCCGGGAAACAACGCCAUGGUGUCCAACCUUCAGGAGCAUCUCAACAAGGGCCUGGACAUCAACACUGCUGAGGAGAGAUGGCAGGACCUAAAUGUGAUCAGCAGUCUCCUUAAAGCAUUCUUCAGAAAAUUGCCUGAGCCUGUGUUUACUGAUGACAAAUACAAUGACUUCAUUGAUGCCAACCGAAUACAAGACGCAGAAGACCGUUUGAAGACCAUGAAGAAACUAAUCUGUGACCUUCCAGAUUACUAUUACCACACCCUCAAGUACCUGGUGGGUCACCUGAAGAAGGUGGCAGAUAACGCUGAAAAGAAUAAGAUGGAGCCAAGAAACAUAGCCCUGGUGUUCGGUCCCACUCUGGUGAGGACAUCAGAGGACACCAUGACCGACAUGGUCACUCACAUGCCUGACCGCUACAAAAUAGUGGAGACACUUAUUCUGCAUUACAACUGGUUCUUCAGCGACGGAGAACUGGAUAAGGAAGAGAAGGCUCCAGAGGAUAAACAAGAAACGCAGCCUGUGCCCAACAUUGACCAUCUGCUGUCCAACAUCGGAAGACCAGGCAUGCCAGGGGAGGCGUCUGAUUCCACACCCAGCGAUUCACUUAAGUCAAAGCAUUCCUUGAACUCCAAGAAAGACCUGAAUGCCAGGGACUUAAUGCCCAAAUCCAUUAUCAGUGCUGUGACCAGAAAACGUAAGAAAUGCCUCAGUACUCACUUGCCGGGCAGCAGCGAGGACGAGGACGCUGAGCAUGAGCCAGUCAAAGCCAGUAACUGCAGGGCAGGAGGCGGCGGCGAGGAGGACAGAGGCGAGGAAGAGGUCAUCAAGGGAGAACAUAUUCCUAAAAAGGAAAAAUGGGAUGAAAAGGGAAAUGGGGUAAAGGAUAAAGAAAACCUAGUGGGAAUAGAAGAGGCUGGAGGGGACGUAGAAAAGCAAACAGGCACUGGAACAAAAGACCCUGAAAGCGAGAGCAGGCAGACAACGACCAUCCCGAGAACUCGACUGCAGCAGCGCCCCCACAGUUUACUCUACUUGCAUCAUCAAAUCCAUGCGACAUACCCGAGACACUCACCUGAGAUUAAACCCGCCUCACACACGAGAGCUGACAAUCUGCCAACACGACGGCCCACCGUCCCUCUCUGGAUCUCCCCCAACAGGCCUCCCAGCCUCUACCACACUUCCAGCUUUCAAGGAACCCAGCAUCCUGACUGGAACCAGCCAGUGCCAAUUCGCUACAGGAAGUCGAGAGGAGGCAGGACAAGGGCCGUGUCCAUGAAUGUGGACCUUGAGCUGGGCAGGAACGAUGACAGAGUACGAGGGUGGAGAGCAGAGAGGGUGGAGGUGAUCAGAGUCAUUGAAGGGGCACCAGGUCAGCAUGGGCACAUUGGAAUUCCUCAGGAUUCAAUUGCAGGCCCCAGGUCAAUUCAGCAAAUAGAUCCCAUCCCUCAUCUUGCCCAGAGGGCUCCCCCUAUCUCAUCCUCAGGAUGGAUUGAUCACACCUCUCCAGGAUCAUCCACAGUAGUUCUGCGGAGAUCGGGACUGGAUCCACGUGACAAGACAAGAGCCCGUCGUCGCCAUACAGUGAUAAUCUAAACUUAGUUUAACCCACUAAUGUAUUGCCAAGUUCUCAGUAAACACUGGAUCACCCGCUGUAACCGUUACUAAAGCAAAAAGUCUGUCACAUUACUUGAAAGGUUUUGUCCUUCUUGGGAUUUUACAGAGAUAGCGUUUAGGUUUCUUGAAUUGAGAUUAGUGCCAUUAAUUUUUAAACAUUUGCUUGAGUGUCAUUGAUGUCCUUAUACACUGUACAAAUAACAUUAGGGUUAAGUUCCUGGUAUUGAUCCAUAAUUCCAUUAUAACCUUUCAGAACAAUUUAAAUCAAGUGGUCUGAGAAACCUAGACAUCUGCUCCACCUCUAAAAGUUGCAGGCCUAUGGCGCUUUUCCACUGUACAUUUCCAGCAGGACUCAGUACGGCUCGACUCCACUCGGUUUGGUAUCGUUUUCCAUGACUUCAUAGCUCCUCCUCAACGUGGACUGAGUCGUUAGCGUAAUGGCUGCGUGAAACUGCUGUGACGUGGUUUUAUACGUGACACAAACACACAAACCUGUGACUUGUAAAGCAGUUGUUUUGGGUUUUACUGAAUCAUUAGAAUCAGUUUGAUUAAAAAGAUUCACAGAAUUGUUCAGUACUUCCUGCAUUCCUGAACUGAAAUACCACUGAACGUAGACUUCUCUGUUUAACAUUUUAGACAUUUUCUUGGAGAUUAACGCAUGUUUUCAGGGAUUUUAAAGUCUUAACUCUGAUCUACAGUUGAUCUACAGGCUUUGAUUCUUGUGUCGGAUGUCGCACUCCUGACUUUUUAGUGACGACACUCUCUGAGCAAUCAGUGGCUGCCACAUUUUAGUGUUGGCUCAGCUCAUUUGGAACCUCGUCUGAGCAUGUACAAAAAAAACAAACACCAGGCACUAUCACUGAUGGAAAAGCAGAAAAACGAGAAUAGCCAAGCUGUGCCGUGUCUUACUGGAACUGUGUAGUGGAAAAGCGCCACUCGUCUAUCUGCACCUGGUCUGAAGACGUGGUUGUUUGGACAUGACCCAACAUAUAUUUCUUUACAACAAUUGUAACAAGCAAUACCUUUAACCAACUGUGGGGAGCCCGAGAGUCACUGUUAAAAUAUUCCAGUUAUGUUGAAUGAAGAUUUAACAAAUUCUGGUGAAUGGCACAGUCCGUAUCCUGCGGCAUCAAUAUGAGGACCUAGUUUCUAAAAGUUUAGGGACGAGAAACUGGACUAUGCGACUUGGGCAUUGACUCCUUCCAGCUUCCGCGGGACUAAAACAAUGCAUGCACACAGUCCGUCAUACGUGAUGAUGUUUGGAAAUAUGCAAAUCCUAAGUGUUCAACACAAGCCUGUUCUUCCCUAUAUAUGUAUGUGUGUGUGUGUGUGUGUGUGUGUGUGUUCGCAAAGACAGGUCAGAGUUUUGACGAACUGUUUGAGGCAGCUACGUGACGUCAUGCCAAAAUUAUUAUUAUUAUUAGUUGGGUUUUUUGGGGGUCGUUGUGUUACACUACUAUUGAUACUUAUAUCAGUGUUAUGCAGACGCUGUCGUCAUGGCAACAAGUGGACAUUGAAUGAAUGAAUGAAUGAACAAAUAACCCCCCUUAAACCGCAAAGUCUUACCUGAUAUUUUCACAUUUUUCAGUGCUCCAUGUACGUGUGUGUCUGACUGAUGUGCGUGGACCAAUUUUUUUUAUUAACAGUUGUACAAAGAAAAAAAAGCCUUGUUAACUUAACCUGUGUAUAUACAUAUUAUACAUAAUAUAUUAAAUUAUUUGUUUUGGAAA